AAAAGAAAAAAGACGAAGAAGGCGGAUAUGGCGUAGUAGUGUUUACACUGUUAACUCUCAGAGCAUCCUUCGUUGAGUGAUAGAUAUAAGAAAGCCGCUAUAGUAGAAUUUCUGUUUCACAUUUACUGCAGAAUUUGGGAAUUGCUGCUGUGUUUACAUGGGGGGACACGGGGUUUUGGGGAACGAGCCCGAGUCCAUUGACUACUCUGUGCACGAAGCCUGGAAUGAGGCCACAAAUGUUUACCUGCUGGUGAUCCUGGUCAGCUUCGGCCUGCUCAUGUACGCCAGAAAAAACAAGAGGAAGAUCAUGCGCAUCUUUGCCCUUCCUCCCACCGUUGGUAGCAGCCCGGAGCCAAACUUCUAUGACAGCCUGCAGAAGGUCCGCCUGCGGCAGCAACUGGAGAUGUACUCUCUGGCAAGAAAGUUUGAUCAGCAGCAAGGCCAGACGGACAGUGUGCAGCUCUCCAUGGAAUGAUACCAGGGGGAGACUCAUCGCUAUUUGUCAGAUUAAACACUCCUGAAUCUGAGAGCCCUCGGGGCGUAGAUAGAAAAGGAUUUGGAUAACUGUCGUGAUCAGAGAUGGCAGAAAAGCGGCUGCUGCUGCCAUACUGGUCACUCCCCUUCCGUUGUCUCCUUUUUGUCUGUUAGCCAUUGAGAAUGUACAGCUGGGUGGAUGAAGGAGCAGCAGAGACUCUAACCUUGAUUGAGGAAGGAUGAACCUGUAACUGAAGCAGAUUUUGUUAAGAUACUUUCUGUAUCGCAUGCUUUAUAAAAAUAAUAAGUUUUAUUUUGCACAUUAGAGAUCAUUUUAAGCUAACAUAGGUUGUAGUUGGUUUCCAUUGUUUUUUUGUUACUUCUAUUUCAUAUUUUGUAUCAACUGGAUCGUAAAGUAAACAUUUUGAAAUGUGAAAAUAAAACAUGAACUCUGAGUCAGCAAAUGUUUUGAUGAUCACACUUGAGUUCACAAACAAUGCA